GGCAGCAGGCGAGCGGCGCGAGGCGAGGAACCAUCGUGCAGGCGCGGCCGCCAGGUGGCAGCUGCUGCAUGUACACAAGAGGACCAAACACUCCUCGAGAUGGGGCAUGGAUGGUGUUGAUUUUAUGACUGACGGGGCCUCCAGAGGUCGAAAAACCGCCAACACUGUAUCAAUUGGGUGCUGAUGUGAUGGGUGCAGGACCUUUUUCAAAUUGAUGACUCAAAUGCACCGCCAGCAACAUGGAUGCUGCUCGCAGAAGUCAAGACAUACGGAAGAUGUUGAAUCCCGACUCCCGUUCUCUCAUGGGAUUGAGCGAGGAAGAGCUGCUCAUCCGGGCACGGGAAGAGCGCGCAAACAUUGUUGGGCGCUACAACCUCGGGCGAGAAGAAGGAGCCGUGAUAGAUCCCUGGGAGGAUCCCGAGUUCGAAGUGUACCAUUCAACAGACCGAUAUGGCUUUAUACAUGACACCAGAUUACCACAGAACCGCUCAAAGGAGGAAGAGAAGAGAUUAGAGAUUGAGCUAUCUAGAAUUGACAAGUGGCUUAAAAUGAUUAGAACCUGGGAUAAAUACUGGGGGAAAGAAAAGUUUGUCAAAAGAAUUCACAAAGGCAUUCCAGAUAGAUUCCGAGGAACUGUGUGGGCAAGGUUACUCUUUUUAGAACAAAUGAAGGAGCAGCAGAAAGGAAAAUAUGAGGAAAUGAAACGGCUUGGCUGCAAGUGGUCACCAGAUGUUCGGCAGAUUGAUCUAGAUGUAAAUAGGACGUACAGGGACCAUACCAUGUUUCGGAAAAGAUAUGAUGAGAAGCAGCAGCAGCUUUUCCAUGUACUAGUUGCAUACUCUAUGUACAAUCAAGAAGUUGGUUAUUGCCAAGGAAUGUCACAGAUUGCUGCAUUGUUACUCAUGUACCUGAAUGAAGAGGAUGCUUUCUGGGCUCUUUCAGGCCUAAUGUCCUCCCCUAAAUAUGCAAUGCAUGGUUUCUUUAUACCUGGGUUUCCCAAGUUACUGAGGUACCAACAGCACCAUGAUAAAAUCCUUGAAAAGUUUCUCCCCAAACUGAAAAAACAUUUGGAGAGAAACUGCAUAGACUCUGGGCUAUACACUUUGAAAUGGUUCUUCCAGUGUUUCCUUGACAGGGUGCCAUUCCCCUUGACCUUGAGACUGUGGGAUAUUUUUCUGUUAGAAGGAGAACACUUGCUGUUGGCCUUUGCCUACACCGUCCUCAAGCUGCACCGACGCCAGAUUGCUCGUCUUGACAUGGACCAGAUCUUAGACUAUCUCCAAAAAAAACUGGAGAAAAACUUUGGUUACGAGGAUGAUUAUGUCAUAGAGAGUUUAGAGAAGGCAAUGGAGGAGCUCAAGAAGGUCAAACUGGAUCAUCCUGGGCCUCCACCAGACCAUGAGCUUCCCCAACAACCCUUUGGGAUGUUUAUAGAACCAACGAUCGAGAAAGAAUCUGGGAUCCGACGGGAAUUCACAGAGGAAGAGCGACUAAUAACAGAGAAACUGAUGAAACGAACAGAGACGAUCGGCCUGAAUGGGUCCCACCUGUCUGUUGACCGUGGAAAGAAAGGCUCAAGAUAUUCCCUGGAGUGCAGCAUUGAUGAAGUGAGCAGCCUUGGGGGUGUGGGAGGUUCCCGGGCUUCCCUUGCCAACACCUCUCUCACUUCUGCUGCUGACCUCUCCACCCUAUCCUCGGUGACCCUGGCACGGCGUGGGGACAUUGAUGCUGCUUCCAUUCAGUCUGGUCGGUCACUCAUUUCCCCAGACACUCGCUCAGUACAGUCAGUGCGCUCACCAAGAUCACCCACAGAGAGGUUCAGGCACUCAAAUAGUCAUUCACCCUCACAAUCAGCACCUCAUCGGACUAAUGGUGAUGUACAGAGUGAUACACAGUCAUUGCAGAGUGAAGGUGAGGUGGUACAUAAUGGUGAUUUGGGUAGCCCUGCACACAGCCCAUCUACCCCUCGACCUUCCUGCCUCUCAGUGAGCCAGAUGACAUUACAGGACAAGGAAGCAUUGCUUUCUGAGCCAGCUACUCCAAAGGCCACAGAGACACCUGACACUGUUCGUAUUUUUGUACCUUACUCAGGGAACACAGAUACAUUAACCCCAAAAGGUCAAGUCCCAAAAUCUGUCAAUGAUGAUCUGAAGGUAACAGCCAGUUCAACCGAUCCCAAUAAGAUCAUGAUACAUGUGGACAGAGAUGAACCAUCAUCAGUACCGUCUGAAUAUUCCUCUAAUCCAAGCAGUUCACCAAGAGAUCCUUCAAAUUUACUUGAGUCAUUAAGUUUAGAAAACUAUACAUCUGUAGAUUCAUCCUCUCAGGACCAUUCCACCUUAGUUCAAGACCUCAAAGUAUUUCCUCAGAACAAGGGUUUUUCCCCAUUAGUGUCUCCAACUCUACCAAGAUUGGAGACAUCACGGUCCCGACCUAUCACUCUUGACAGUCCAGAGUAUAGUGAAGGACUUCUUUAAGUACAAGCAGUGCUGAAGGCUUAAUUCAUAUUUGGGAAUUUUAAGUAAUAUGUAUAUAAAUUUUGGUGUAUCAGCAUGUUUAUAAAUUAUUUCGAUUGAUAGGGAAGUAGUAUUGAAAGUCUUAAAUGUCCAUUUCUUCACCAGGGUUGUAACAGAACAUAAUUGUUUUCAAGUUUUGUGUAUAGAAAAGUAUUGUCCAGAGUGGAAAGGAGUCCAAGUUACAAUAAGUGAUUAAUAAUAUUGAUAGAUGUUUGAGCACACAGCUCAUUACUAGUAAGUGUACUUAAUAGAGUUGAUGUUUAUAGAUGCAAUUGUCACUCCUAAUAAGUAUGGAGCCAAUACUAGCAUAUUUUUAUAUGACUCCUAUUCUAGUCUUCCUUGUGUUUUUCUUUUGUUAAUUAUUAUUUUUAUUAUUAUUAUUAUUAUUAUUAUUAUUAUUAUUAUUAUUAUUAUUAUUAUUAUUAUUAUUAUUAUUAUUAUUAUUAUUGUUAUUAUUUUCUGAUUUAUUUAUUUACUUUUUAUAUUAUUCAGUUAUUUUAUUAAUUUAUUCAUUUAUAUUUUUAGUGACAUUAUGAUUUGAUAAUGGACAAAAACUUGCAUUACAUUCCUUUUCUCCUUAAUGUGAGAACAAAACUCUGUUGUAGAGGUGUGCUGCUCUGUAGUCCAGAUAACCCACAGUAGUCAAGGUCACUAAAAAUUCUUAUUUUUAUAAGUCUAUUACAUAUUGAUUACUAUUUUUUCUGAGCAAAAAUCAUGAAUAUGUAUAUAUAUAUA